AUGGAGUACUCUGUCUGCUUAUUUAUUCUUGUGAGCUAUGUUGAAAUUGCUCACGCCAGAGUGUUCUCGGCUGAUCUAAAUGCACGUUCCGUGAAUCGCCGUCCAAGGGAUGUGCAAAAUUCCGUGUUAACACCGCUACGUUUUCAUGUAGCGUCCAAAAUAUCUGCACGGUUUGCAAGUACACUUGUGACAAGUGUCAUGGAGAACAAAUCUCCACAGAACAAGGAAGCUUUGUUUCGUGUUUACCUUCCUCAAGCUGCCUUCAUCUCCAACUUCUCGAUGGUAGUUGGUGACAAACUGUACCUUGGACAGGUGAAGGAAAACACUGCAGCUAGAGAGGAGUACGAAAACGCGAAGAACAACAGUUUAAAUACAGGGCUUGUAAGUCAAAGUAACGACCGCGCUGUACGAGGAAUGGAUAGAUUUGAAAUCAGAAUUAACGUGGCACCUAACAGCACGGCUGAAUUUCGUUUAAACUAUCAACAGCUCUUGGAAAGAAGAAAAGGAUUCUACGAACAGGUAAUUAGUGUUCGCCCGAAACAGAUCGUCCCUCUGCUCAACAUUUCACUUGAUAUUCAAGAGCCUCAAGACCUAAGCUAUGUGGACGUGAUGAAGAUACGCAAAGAACCGAGCGAUUCGUUGGUAAAGGGUAAUCCUCUAGCUGUGACUAGACAGGCAUCGCCUAAAUCGGUUUAUAUCGAGUACAGUCCAAGUGAAGAAGAACAAAAAAGGCAGGGAUUUGAUGGAAUUGACGGAGACUUUAUAGUAAGGUAAACAAGAUUUGGUAUGUGACCUUUGUAAUUUAAAAACACAAUUUAAAUAAUUUAUACAUUAUAAAUUUGCGUUGUACAGAUCGAAGCAGACUGGAGAAUUCAAUACAUUUCUUGGCAACUUCAUAAUUCUCUUUCCUUAUCUUAUUUUGCAAUGCUGUUUAAUUACAUUAUAUGCUCCUUUUUAAUAGAAAAUGCUUAGGAAACGCGCGUAUAUAUAUACGUUGCAUGAGAUCUGAAUCAUCUAACGAAGGUAUGCGAAAUAUGACUUACUGCAUGCAAACUGUGGAUAGAGGAUUAGGGGCGACAGCCAAAGACAUCAUUUUUCUCUAGAAUUUUAAUAACUGCCUCUUUUAUUGUUUAUUAGUUAUAAUGUGAUAUUAUAUUUUCAACUGUGAUAUUCAAAAUAUUAGUUUUGAAGGUGAUCUACUCCUCUUAUGACACUCUAUAGAAAACCAAUAUCAUUAUUUCUGAUAGCUAAAUUAUGCAAACGUAUAUAAGAUAACCAUAUUUAUUAUUCAUUCGAAAUAUUCCUCCGUUUCUGAUUGCUAAAAUCACACACAUAAUUCAUCAUAAUCAGCUACUGCUGACCAAAUUUGGAAGAAUUUUGCCAUACUGAACCGAUGACGUCAAAAGUGCAGCAAAGUUGCAGAUUAUUGAACCGUUAACCGAGAAGACCUGGAGACCAGGUUGAGUUGUUUUGGUAGUGAAAACAAAAAUGGCGGAACUUUUCACUUGUUUCACCAAGCAGAAAUAGGCGAACUAUUGGCUACAAACAUAGCAAGAACAGCAAGAAGCUAGACAACUCGACGAACGACAUCUGCUAUUUCGAGAAUAUUUGCGGAGCUGAACAGCCCUUUAGCGUCUAAACAUGCCGAUAAACAUGCACUAUCGAAGAUGAACUUAACAUCAAUGGAGGUAAGCAUGUUUUCUUUUAGCUUGUUUUCAAACUAGGAAUUAUUUUGAAUGAACAAUAAUACAAUUAUUGAAUGCGGCUUUCGUACGUAUCAUCUGAAGAAUUAUGGAAAUAUCGGAGGGUGUUAUCUGCCUCGGCCGCUCGAUCUCCAUAAUUUUUCAGAUGAUACUCACCCUCAUUCAGUAAUUCAGUUAAAUGAAGCCUGCAAAGCAUGGGAAACUUCAAGCUCUAACGCUCUUAUAAGUACUUUCAACAAACACUAAAUAAUUAUUUUUGUACAGUUUUUAGUGACAGUUGCAGCUACAACUUUAAAUUGCCCCCCUUUGUAUCUCCCGCACGUAUAAUGUAAUCGGGAUUCCGAAAUCCGUGAAGUUUUUGCUUAACGACGUGGAGUCCGGAAUUCUGGUCUUCAGAAUCCAGAUUGGGCUCAGGGAUUCCGGAAUCCAGCUAAAGGUUGGAAUCUGGAAUCCAAGUUCCACUGACAUGAAUUUAGAACCCAUUCCUGGGGAUUUAGAAUCUACAGCGUGGAAUACAAAAUCCAAGGCUGUCUUCAAUUACCUUUAAAAUAACUAAGAUAGUACGCGCGCUCUGAUUGGCCGAGAGGAGUGUUUGCAUGAGAGUAUGUUGUGACGUCAAGAUGUUUUGCUUUUCGCGCGUUAAUCACGCAAGCACAAAUUUGAAAAUGUUUUUGGUUCAAAACUCGACAAGUUUACUUUAUUUAUCCAUUCUUUCGUCGACUGAAACUUGGAACAUUGUUUACAAACAAGCUGUGUCAAUUUUGACACUUUAAGCGAGAAAAAUCCGUAUUUUGGAAAGCAUCUUUUUGCAAAACAAGAACUGAUUACAUGUGCAAGUCUUCGUGUACACGACUUUGCGACUGGUAAGAAUUUCUCUUGUAAUCAGUGCCAUAACAAAGAGUUUUGAGUUUUUCUCGGGAAAGUUAUUUUAUAAAUAAAGCUCUUUUCCUGUGUUUGCGAGAAUUCGAGACAGUUAUGCAAACCGGAGACGAAAGUCUCGGGUUUGCAUAACUGUCUCGAAUUCUCCCAACCUCUCUCGUGUUUAAAUUAGGCUAUGCAAACACGGAAAACGUUUUCUAUUGGUUAAAUGGUGCGAGAUAUAUACGAUGCUCCUGAGAUAUGCGAUAAGGAAAUUAUGAAGGUGGAGGUUCUGUUCCUUCAGCACUAAUUCCUGGAUCUCUUCCUAGGUAUGAUGUGCAUCACGGGAAAGAUGAAAGCGUUAUACAGGUACUUGGCUCCUAUUUUGUUCAGUUUUUCUCUCCAAGUGGAUUAAACUUGAUCGCAAAAAACGUGGUCUUUGUGAUUGAUGUAAGUGGUUCUAUGUCUGGAGAGAAGAUUUCUCAAACUCGCGAAGCCAUGCACGCUAUUUUAAGUCAACUCCGUCCGGGGGACUCGUUCAAUAUCGUUCUUUUUAGUGGCACGGUAUCUGUGUGGAAGUCUAAGGUAUCCCUAGUCGAUGCUGGAAGCAUACAGGCUGCAAAAACGUUUGUGGACGAAAGAGUGAAGGCAUCAGGUUCUACCAACAUCAAUGAAGCCCUGAUUAUGGCUCUCAAUUUACUCAAGCACAGCAUUCAACAAUCAAACUCUGAAAUUGCUGGCAAGUUUCCUAUGGUGCUGUUUCUUACAGAUGGGGAGCCAACGGCUGGAGAAACAAACACACUACAGAUACGUCGAAACAUUCUUGCCUCAAAUGGAAUUAAAGCGCCCAUUUUUGCUCUUGGUUUUGGCUUUAGCCUGAACUUUGAUUUCCUAACAGCAUUAUCCGCGGAGAAUGAGGGAACAGCGCGCAGGAUUUACCAAGACAAAGACGCCGCAACUCAGCUUGAGGGAUUCUUUGACGAGAUCAGCACACCUUUACUACUAAGAAUCAGAUUCGAGUACCCAGAAACCCUCGUGAAUGAGAAACAUACAACUGCACUUUCAUUCGCACAUUACUAUAAUGGAUCAGAGCUUGUGGUAAGUGGAAAGCUUAAAGAGGGUGUUUCCUCUAGGAUGAUGUCCAUGAAUAUUCGCGGUUAUGACGGCCAAAAAAAUGUCACGUACUCUCCGGCGUCACGCACUCUUCUUGAGCUGACUAUUCCCUCGAAUGAACUGCUCAUAGAGGAUCUGACCGAGCGUCUUUGGGCCUACAUGAAGAUCAAACAAUUACUUGUUCAGCUUUUGGUCUCUACUAAUGCCCACGAACAAGAACGUCUAAAAUCUGAGGCGCUUCGGUUGUCACUGAAGUACAACUUUGUCACGCCACUAACCUCUUUCGUCGUGGUCCAGUCUAACGAGUACUUAGUAGCAGCGGACGCCAAGGUGGGCAGGGCUCAGUACUCUGCAGGACACGAAGUGCCUUUUCUUCGACUGUCAUUCCUUUUGAUCAGUUUAUUCUAUUUUGUGUUUGUCGAAUAGACCCUGAUGCCAGUUAAAAACUGUUAUAACGUAGGACUAGAAAAUGAGACUGCGCUGCUAACUCUCUCCAGGAACUGAUUAAAGCAUUUCAAAUGUAAGACAAUUAACAUUCUUACACAGCAAAACAAGAAAACAAGACAGCUCUUAGGCCCGGUUCAGACGCCGAACUGUUCAUGAGCCGAAUCAAAUUCGAAUUAAGACCGAACCAAAUUAUUUAGAUCGGCUAAAUUGAUUCAGACGCCGAUCUUAAUUCCAGCCGAACUAAAUUCAGAAGGCGAAAAAUGCGCAUUUUGGUCAAACUGCUUACAAAAUACGUUAUAAGGAUUUAUGCUUGUUUCGGUACAUGAAAAGUUCGGCGUCAGAAUCAAAGGCGUUCCAAAGUCGAUCCAUAGGCGAAAUUCCCGGCCGGGCUAGGCGAAAAGAACGGCUGAGCCGUUCCAAAUUGAAAUAGGCGUUCCUAAUUGAUUCAGACGCCGAACUUUUCAUGUACUUAAUUCAAUGUAUUAGGUUCGGCUCAUGAAACGUACGGCGUCUGAACCGGGCCUUAGUACGCUUAGUGCAAUUUCAAUUACUAUCUCCGAUCCCCAGCAACAGGUUAAGAAUUUCACUCGAACGUUGUCAUUACAUGAAUCCUAGAGUUACAUUAAGAUGAGCUUGUGUUUCUGCAAGAUCUAAUGCUUUUCCCAGAAAGAUAAGUGGGGAAAGGGACCAUAAAAGCUUCGGAAGCCUUGCAGACCGUAAAUGUGAUAAGUCGCCUUUCUUUAUUAAUAAGAGACGAAAACUUAGUCAGUAACUGUGAACUCCCUUUAAGUGGAAUAACCGAGAGUGUGCCACUGAACGGGGACUGAUGGCUUUUAGGUUCUUGAAUCUAAAACAAAGUAUACAAUUUUACUAUAUAGCAUCUUGAACAGGGUUUCGUUCUUGACCAAAGCCUUUAAAAGAAUGUAAAGGUUGGCGGUGAGUGGUCUACAUUUAGUGUACAUUUAUUUUGUGGUACCAAUACUAUUUUUUACAAACUAUCUAAAUCUAAUAUGAAGCUUUUUUAAGUCCUUAAUUCUGUUUGCCAGACGAGUUGUAUCAAGGUCAUAAUAUAAGGUUUGUUGUGUUAAAUAGGUUCAGGCCUUGGAGGUUUCAACUUCACUCGAGAACCCCCUCAAGUGGGUCAGAGGGUUGCAGGAAAUGUUUCUUUAUCCAUAGCAAAACCCUAGAAAUAAUAAUUAAAAUAAUAAUUUUAAAACAGCAAUGUAACAAAGUGUUAAAAUCAAUUGAUUUUAAUGAAUCAAUAAAUCUCCUGUCCCAGUAAAGCGAGGUUCAAAAUUUAAG